AAACAAGCCACUUUAGACCAAAUCCAAUAAAAUCCACACCUUUUUCCCUCCAACCCCAAAUUUCCACAACCACCAUGUCCACCACCGUGCUCGAAACCUCCGGCAUCUCCCCUCCGCCGGGCUCCGCCGCCGACCUCACCCUCCCCCUCUGCUUGUUCGACAUCAUCUGGCUCCAUUUCCACCCCAUCCGCCGCCUCAUCUUCUACAACCACCCUUGCACCGAGGCCGAAUUCUCCUCCACCAUCGUUCCAAACCUCAAACACUCCCUCUCUCUCACCCUCCAACACUUCCCCCCCGUCGCCGGAAACCUCCUCUACCCUCUCGACACCGAAAAAUCCCGCCCCUUCCUCCGCUACGUCUCCGGCGACACCGCCCCCCUCACGAUCGCCGUCUCCGGGCGCGACUUCGAUGAACUCACCGGCAGCCACGCCCGAGACUCCGACCAAUUCUACGAAUUCCUCCCCCCGAUGCCCCCGAUCACCGAGGAGGAGAAUUACAAAAUUGCCCCUCUCAUCGCCCUCCAGGCGACGCUCUUCCCCGGCCGCGGGAUCUGCAUCGGGGUGAGCAAUCACCACUGCCUCGGCGACGCCAGGUCCAUCGUCGGAUUCAUGUGGGCCUGGGCCGAGGUUAAUAAACUCAACGGGGACGAGCAGCUGAGAAACCGCUCGCCCCCGCUGAUCUAUGACAGGUCGUCAGUUUUUGGGGACACCCAAAAAGCUGACGUAAAGUACUGGGGCGUGAUGAGAAACAUCCCACUGACGCCAUCAAGUUUUCCUGUGCCUAGUGGCAGGGUCAGGGCCGCGUUCACACUGCACCAGUCAGAUAUUAAAAAACUGAAAAAUAAGGUUUUGUCUAGAAAUCCGGACCUAGUUUUCGUCUCGUCUUUCGCGGUCACGGCAGCGUACACGUGGAGCUCUGUGGUGAAGUCCGCGGACGCGGCCGGGGAGGAUGUGGACGAGAGUAAAGACGAGGUGUUCUUUUUUCCUGCGGACGCGAGGGGCCGGCCGAACGCGAUGGUUGACCCGCCCGUGCCGGUUAAUUACUUCGGGAACUGUUUAGGCGGCGGGAUGAUCAAGAUGGAGCACAAGAAGGUGGCGGCGGAGGAAGGAUUCUUGGCGGUGGCGGAGGCGAUUGCUGAUCAUAUCAAGAAUCAGAUUAACAACAAGGAGAAUUUUUUGAAAGGAGCGGAUAAUUGGUUGUCGGAUAUGCCGAAAUUUGGGGAAAUGAGCACUUUUGGCGUUUCCGGUUCGCCGAAAUUCGAUAUGUUGAAUUCGGAUUUCGGGUGGGGGACGGGGUCGAGGUUGGAGGUUCUGUCGAUGGAUAAGGAGAAGUAUUCGAUGUCGUUGUGUAAUUCGUCGGAUUCUCCCGGCGGUUUGGUGGUCGGAUUGUCGCUUCCUAAGGAGAGGAUGGACGCUUUCGCAACUAUCUUUGAAGAUGGUCUUAAAUUUUGAGCGUUAAAUUUUGUUAUUUAAUUUAAUUUUUUUUUUAAGUUUUGUUGCUUCAAGAUUUAAAAAUAUGUCAUUUGAUAUGAUAGAUUUAUCACGUAAGUUUUUAA